AUGAAACGCAAGCUGGCCGACUACUGGGCACAGACGUUCACCACGAACAAGAAGACAUCGAGCAAUAGCACGUCCGUCACGACCACAAAGCAGCAAGUCGAAUACAACGGUGUCAAGCUCUGUCCCGAUAUUCUGCAUGAGAUCGUUCCGCUCCUCGACGUCAAGACGCUCUUGGCUGUUCGCGCUCUCUCUCGCGAAUUUGGGGACCGUGCUGACGAACUCCUCUUUCGUCACCUUGAAAUCAAGCGUUUUCAACAGUCUGGCGAGGAGCUUGCUCAAAUCGCCUCCAUUGGCCGGGAGAUUGCUCAAAUUGUCUCCAUUGGCACUCCUCACGCUCGUCUACCGUUGUUUCCGCCGCGGUGCUAUCCAGUCACUACCCGGCACCAGCAGCCUGAGCUCGAUGAGCUUCAGGAGCGUCCGUUUUCUGCGCGUGGCCGACUCCCUGAAGGUGCUUGGGAGUCACGUCCAAGCCAACACCUCCCCGGUUGGUCGUCCCCGUUCUGCGCCAAGGAAUCCCAGUGGAAGCAACUCGAAGAAGCUCGUCUCCACCUCCAGAAGGUUGAGCAGCAGAUCUACCUCACUGCUUUCCGUGACCGCGAAGAGGAAUACAAAGCGUCCCUGGCGGACUACUACGAGAAUGAAGACCGCAUCAAGCGCGCGCUUCGGUUUACUCGCAUUGUCGACAUUGUGGGCGUCGCCUUCGACCACUCCCUUCUUGCCACCUUGAUGCCCAAUCUCGAUUAUGUCCGUGCCAUCCCAGAUUCGAACGACAUGCGAUAUAGCCCGCGACAUUGGUACCUCCCCCGCCCACCACACCCACAUGUCUUUCUCAAGGCCCCAGUCUAUGUGAUCAAUUCCGAGUCCCGCCUUCAACCACCUCCAGACACUCGUCGCGUUAUAUUUUCUACGAGUUACCAUGUCCGAUGUCGUAUGGACCUCAAAUUCUAUGGCAACCUGGCGAACAUUGAUGAGCUGGUGGUCGUUUUUAACAGGGCGCCCAAUCCCGCCAAUGUCAGCAAUUUCGACAUUUAUACUUCAACCGCAGACGGUCUGAGCUGGGAUCAGACUGCCGCUAUGGACUCGCUUGUCACCCUCCUUGCCAGCCGCAUUGCGUUCAACACCCGCGCUGCUCAAGAUGAAGAGGGCAAGCGGCGCCUUGCCGACCACAUCGCUCGCCUCUCCAACUUUAGCGUCGUCCUUGUUGGCGCCUUGAAGAUGAUCAGCCGCGUCACCCAUUCUGCGAGCCGUAGCAAGUCAAUCCCCACCAACGAGGCUUUCAAGGUCAUUCUCAAGCAAAAGAUGCUUCGCAAGGCCGAGAGUUUCGCUCACUACAUCCCCGACAUCCGAACCUAUGUCGGCAACCUCAUCGACACGAUGGGCAUGAAGACUGGCAGCGAGUGGCGCGCUCGAGUUCCCCGGACAGAGUAUCGCCUCGCCACGACCGCCUCAGGCACUUGA